UCAUUUGUUGCUCGCCUACGCUUCUGGGCUUUCGGAAGCGUAGAUCUCCGUCGCCUCCUUCUCCCUCUCCCUCUACAUAUAUACACAUACAUCUGCGAGGUCGGUUACGAGAGAGAGGAGAGAGAGAAAGAGAGAGAGCGCGGCGGAGUGGAAGAGCUUUUUUCCUUGUGUACCAAAUUUAUUCCGAAAAAAAGGGAAGAGGAGAUUCUUGGCAAAUUUCUUCGAAUUUGCCCUAAACUUCUGUUUGGGCUAUAAAAGAUCUGCCAGGCUAUUUGUUGGGAGGCUUAAAGUAUGGCAGCUGCUGCUACUGGCAUACGCUAUGCCCCUGAGGAUCCCACACUACCUAAACCAUGGAAAGGAUUGGUUGAUGAUAAGACUGGAUAUCUCUACUUCUGGAAUCCAGAGACUAACAUAACACAAUAUGAGAGACCUGUUGCAUCUCUUUACACAAGCAUUGCACCUUCCCAUAAAUUGUUGAGUUCUUCCGUCCAGAAGUCCCCCAAAGGCUUUACCAAUGACAAUGGUGUUGAUAAUGAUAGAUAUAACAAAGCUAUUGAUGGUGUCUCACAUAAGGUUGCUUCUGAUGCAGGGAAUUUUGAGGCCACCAGAGGCAGAUCAGAAUAUUCACUCAGCGAAGCAGAUAUUAAAAGCAGGGCUGGGCAUGGGCCUUAUGCCUCCAGAGAUGUAGAAACUGAUUUCUCUGCUGAAGCUUAUCGUCGGCGGCAUGAAAUUUCUGUAACUGGAGAUAAUGUUCCUCAACCUCUCACAUCAUUUGAAGUCACUGGUUUCCCUUCAGAAAUUCUAAGGGAGGUUCAAUAUGCCGGAUUUUCCGCUCCUACUCCAAUACAGGCUCAGUCCUGGCCAAUUGCUCUACAAGGUCGUGAUAUAGUGGCCAUUGCCAAGACAGGAUCUGGGAAGACACUGGGUUACUUAGUUCCGGGUUUUAUGCAUCUGAAGCAACAUCGUAAUAAUCCAAAAUUAGGACCCACAGUCUUGGUACUGUCUCCAACAAGAGAGUUGGCAACUCAGAUACAGGAUGAAGCUGUCAAGUUUGGAAGAUCUUCUAGGAUAUCUUGCACGUGUUUGUAUGGAGGGGCUCCUAAAGGUCCUCAGCUAAAAGAUCUUGAUCGGGGUGUAGAUAUUGUUGUGGCUACACCUGGUCGUUUAAAUGAUAUUCUGGAGAUGAGGAGAGUUAGCCUACACCAAGUUUCAUACUUGGUUUUAGAUGAGGCAGAUAGGAUGCUGGAUAUGGGUUUUGAACCUCAGAUAAGGAAAAUUGUGAAGGAGGUGCCCUCUCGUAGGCAAACCCUAAUGUACACUGCAACAUGGCCAAAGGAGGUGCGAAAAAUUGCGGCUGAUUUACUAGUCAAUCCUGUUCAAGUUAAUAUUGGAAAUGUUGAUGAGCUUGUUGCAAACAAAGCCAUAACCCAGCAUAUUGAAGUGCUAUCGUCUAUGGACAAGCGCAGGCGCCUGGAGCAGAUAUUAAGAACUCAAGAUCCGGGUUCAAAGAUAAUCAUUUUCUGCUCUACGAAGAAAAUGUGUGACCAACUUGCAGGUCAUCUAACCCGGCAAUUUGGAGCUGCUGCUAUCCAUGGAGAUAAAUCUCAGGGUGAAAGGGACUAUGUAUUGAACCAGUUUCGAUCUGGAAGGUCCCCAGUGCUUGUGGCCACUGAUGUUGCUGCACGUGGUCUCGACAUCAAGGAUAUCAGGGUGGUUAUAAACUACGACUUCCCAACUGGAAUAGAGGACUACGUUCACAGAAUUGGUAGAACUGGGCGUGCUGGUGCCACAGGACUGGCUUACACAUUCCUGUGCGACCAGGACAUGAGGCAUGCAUCUGACCUCGUCAAAGUUUUGGAAGGAGCCAAUCAACGUGUUCCUGCUGAAGUUCGUGACAUGGCCUCACGUGGGGCUGGGAUGGGAAGGGCAAAACGAUGGGGUUCAGGCCCCGGUGGGCGUGAUGGAGGAGGGCGUGGUGGGGGCCGCUAUGAUUCUUACAACAAUGGCAGGAUUGGAGGAGGAAGAGGCGGCGGUGGCAGUUGGGGUAUGCCCCCACCUUCAUCAUCAUCCCAUGUUGGUAUGGGUGUUGGUGGAAGUGUAAAUGGAAGCUUCCAUGAUAGCAUGAAAGGAGGCAAAAGCCGGAGCCGCAGCAGGAGUCCUCCUCAUAGAGGAGGAGGAGGAGGAUGGGGUGAUCGACACCGCAGCCGUAGCCCGGUUCCUAGACGGAGCGGCGGCUUCCAUGAAUCUUCUAUUAUGAUGGAUAAGAGCCGCCCCUCCCGGGAUUAUUGAUUGAUUGGAUUGGAUUUGGUUAAUUAAGAAAAAGUGAAAUGAAGAAUGAAUGAUUGAUAUGAUGGGAUGGCAUCACCCAAAUGGUUGAGAUCCUGAUCAGACGGCCAGAGUCAGCCUGUUAUGUCGAUGUUGAUUUUUUGUUGUAGCAUUGCAGACUAUGGAGUAAGGAUAUACAUCAUUUGUCACUAGUACAUCUCUACUAGUACCUUAUUAUUAUUAAUGUGUCAUCUCGAAUUAUGAUUUGUAUCCCUGAAGGAUCCUACCUAUUAUUGCAACAUUUUACUACCUACCUACCAAGUAA